AUGCCUGUCAGUCGACGAUCACAAGCGGGCGGGUCUCUCUUGGGUCACUUUCAGCCUACAAAGAAGACUGUAGGCACACCAAACAAAGAUGUCAAGGGCAAGGGAAGGGCACUGGCCGAUGUGGGCAAGGCCGCUAGAGCAAGCCCCCUCACCACCAAUGUCACCGGGAAGGGGGUGGAUACAUCGGUUGAGGAGGUGAAGGCUGGCCCUCAGCAGACCGUCGCAACACAGCAGAUUAGCGCUCGCAGCACUCCCGUCCGGGAGGUCUUGACUCCUUCACCUUCAAGAUCCUCACCCGCUCCAGCCUUACUGGGUACGCCAUCCAGCAGUCGUCUUUCAUCUGCCUCGCCGCCGCCAGAGCUGCUGCAAGCGACGCACAAGUCUCCAGUCUCUGUACGGGAAGAUCCCGACAAGGGAAAGUUCUACCUCAUGAUUUCCUCCCCCAAGAAGAAGGCAUCCUCUGCUUCACCAUCGCAGCUGCAGAUGCCUACGCGGACGCCCUUCCAUCUGCGUGAAGGCUCGCCCUCGCUUGAGCGUACGCCCAUGCGUGAAGCUUCAGCACUGCCUCGCCAGCCUCCUUCGGCUCCCAAGAAGAGGCAUGCGGACGAGUCUGCCCUGGAGAGAAUGAGAGUGCAGAACGACGAGAGUCCUUUGCCGCAUGACAAGAGGCGGCCUUCAUACAAGGCCUUCGGAGCAAGUCAGGAGGCAGGAUUGUCUCUUAUGGGCAUGACUGACUCGGGCGAUGAGAGCUUCAGCCACUCCAGAAGCAGCAAGCGACCGAGGUACGACGACGGACAGCUCUUGUCCACUGGCUCAGCUUCUUCCUCCGAUGAUGAGCUGCUCAUCACCCCUCGCAAGGUGCGAGAGCAGCCUCCACAAGGCGUAUCGCCCGCUUCCUUCGCUACGCCUACCAAGGCCGCAAAGUUUGACGACCCUUUCUCGUCGACUCCACGCAUCAAACCAACACGGUCUGCUGGUAUCUUCUCCUCGCUGAUCAAGCCGACAAGCGUGGGAGAGCCGCGGCCAGCGACGAGCUCAGAUGAGGACAAUCCAUUCCUCGACUCGAGCCCAGCGACUUCUUCCUCAUCAGUCUUUGCAGGAGCCCAGUCGGCUCUGCCUGCUGGGAUCCCGGAGACAGGGUACAAGAUCUCUGUUGCUCUACCACUGCCUCCGCAUUACAACUCACUCUACCUCCUACACAUCGGCAUCGAACAUGCUCUGGUUGUCCAUCUAGCCACUACCGGUCUCGCAUCUUCUAGCAUCGACUCUACUUUCACAGACUCAAUGGGUCAAAGCGUUGUGCGCUUGCCCAACUUGAUCACCUACACAGCGCUGCGACCUCUCGUUGAGCGCACAGCAGGUAGACGCUUGGGCCCCGUAGAGCUAGCACGACUGAUGUAUCUCUGGUCCAAUGGACGUCUGCCCUCGCAAGAUGCUCCUCGGGGAGCAUCGACUGCUCCUGUGGCGCCCGCUGGCAAGGAGCAAGAAGCCCUUUCUGGGCUUGGCUUCAUCCUAGCCCGACAACGUUCCCUUGACGCCAAUGGGCGACGCAAGUGGGAUUGGAGCCUCGGCAUUGAGCUGACGAUUAAGCGCGCCAGGCGGGAGGUGACUCCACCUCUUCAGGUGUCAUUCGGCGGUAGCAGUGAAAAUGGGGGAGCGAGCGUACAAGUUCCAAGCACUCCUCCCUCCUCGGCCAGAAGUGGUGGUGUGGCAUUUGGACUAGACACUCCUCCAUCUACUCCAUCAGGCAGCAAGCGAAGGAGGGAGGCAAGUGGAGAUGGCUCGCCCAAUGUUGGGCGGGAGGGUAUGUCGCUUGUGGCGCUUUGGAACAAUGGCAUCGAAGAGCGCAAGAGCGAGGUGGGCCGCAGGCUGCGAGCGCUUUGUGCAAGCGACAUGGAGGAGUGGCUUCAAAAUGGAGCGAUGACAAGCAGCCAUGCAGAUCUGGACGACAGGCCUUCCACGCCCGAGCCAUCUACCCGCAGGGCAGAGGUUGGCGCAGGUGGCCUCCUGACGCCUUCUGCGACACGGCCCGAAGGCAGACGAAGUCGUUUCGUCAAGUUUGACGAGGCUACUCUGGGAGGCGACGGGGCUGUUCCACUGGUCGAGACGGCGGGGGAGGGCGCGGUGCAAGACUGGAAUUUGCCGGCCGAAGGAGAGGUGCUCAGCGAGUGGCAUCCCCGCUUCAGUCUGAAGGAGGCCAAGGCAGUGCCCUGCGCUAUCCUGCCCAAUCUCAAGGACGUCGCUGAUGUUCCCCACCUGAUCGGAGGAAGCCGAAGUCGAGAGACUGCCAAAGAGCCUGUGCCCAUUCCGAGGGAAGCUGCUACCCCUCCCACUGCAUCGAGCUCAUCGGUAACGGCCACGCCCUCACGUGCUCAAUCGCUCAUGGACCGCAUCAAAGCAAAAGAAGAGUCGAAGCGCUCCUCUUUGCAAGCUCGAGCCGGCCCGACCUUCCCCUCUAGUGGCAAGUCGCCUGCCUCCUCUUCUGGAGCAGGAGCAGCUCCCUCAACAGGCGACCUGAUGGCCUCCUUCAAGCGUCGAGCUACUCUCAGCAGGCUCAACGACGUAGCGACCAGUCUGCACAUGCUCUUUGUCACCUCGAGCGAGACGGCCUCGCCCCUAUCCCCUGGUAAUGGAAAUGGCCCUCUGCGACGCUCUCCCAUCCUCCCUCUUUCGACGGUUCUCACCUCGCUGUCCAAGAGCAGUCGAGUCACACUGAGCACCGCCGAGGCAAGGGGCUGUAUCGACCUUCUUGCGCAGGUCUGCCCGGGUUUUUUGGACGUGAGGACCGUGGGUGGGAGAGAGUGGGUGAAGAUGGGUGAGAGUGGAGAGGUGGGAUUGGGUGAGGUUAGGAGAAGGGUCAAAGCUGAGCUUGACAAGUGA